AGUCCUUACCGUCAGUCUCCUCUGUUCGAUCGCUUCUGAUUGGCAAAACACGACAUCCACAGAGCAUUGACAAAGCGGUCAAAAAAAUGGUAAUGCCACCAGUAGCCAAACCUGCUUUGACUGGAAGAUUUGCAAAGACACCGCAGCCUACUGUGUCAGUGCCUGUAGAAUCUCCUAGUAUGGCCUCAUUUGGGCCAUCUGAGCAGGAUGACCAUGAACUUGUUGCUCAGGCAGACUUGCUGGAAUCUCAGGUGUCCAGAAAACAAAUUUGCCUUCCUGUGGGCUGGACUCACACAUUGCCACCUGCUGAUCAGCUCUGGAUAUCAAAGGUUUUGUUUAAGUAUUCAUCCCACAACCAACCAGAAAUGGACUUCACCAGAGUGGACAGGAUGUGGUGGUACCCUCCACAGCCCCCUUUUGCAGUUGCAGGAGUACCAGGGACAGAGCGCUACUUUGGCCACCCCUUCUUUCUCUGGAUGCCAAGAAAGCUAUGGAGAGUCAAGUUAACCUGUCCACAUCCAGACUGUGUAAAGGAGGAACUCACAUCGGCAGGACUGCAUCAGAAAAUCAGACAGGUAGUUGAUGUUAAAACAUCUUACUUCAUGGCGUCUGAGUAUCUGUCAUGCAGGAAAUGCAAAAGGAAGGUGAUCAGCUGGAGCUUUGACAUUGUAUCACAGCUUGACAUUAGUCAUAGGCUUCAAUUUCCCUGCAUUCUUACCUCAAAACUGGCAUGUGACAUGGCAGUGGUCCGUCUUCAACGUCAGAGAGGCCUGGGAAACAGCAGCAGCCAAAUGCAGAAGCAGCUAGAGGAGCAGCAUUCUGAGAACUGGAUGCUGAAGGUCGUGCAGUAUCUGACAGACUGCCAGAGUUUUCGCAAAGCGGUCACUGCAGGUCUUGUGAUGCCCAUGUCUUUUGAAAAACCACCUGCAAUGCUCCCUGUACCCAAGCAUCGGUGGCUGAUGCAGGUGUAUGCUCAGGAUGUCCUUCAAAGACUGGAUGAGAUCAAAGCAAGUAUAACCUCACGGUUUGGACGAGUGCUGAAAAUGGAUUCCACCAAGAAGGUUGCACGCAAGCUUGCGGGUCACAGUGCUGGAACAGCCACCUGGGUUACAAAUGUUGGAAAUGAACAUGGUCAGGUCAUCAUGACAGUUCUUACAGCAAGUGAAGGCUUUGGAUUGGCGUCCAUGGUUGGUGGCAUCAUUAAAAGGUACAAGGAUGCUUCAGUACCUCCACCUGAACUGCUGUAUGUCGACAGAGACUGCUGUGGGGGUACUUACCUAAAAAAAAUAUUUGAGGAAUGGAAGGACAUGGAAAUCAGACUGGACAUCUGGCAUUUCAUGCGAAGGAUUUCUGUAGGAUGCACAACAGAUUCUCAUCAGCUCUAUUCUACAUUCAUGGCGGACGUGGGACCCAAGUGGCUAAUGACCAAAGCGUCAGUUUGUGUAGGCUAG